AAUCCUCUUCGCGCUAUUCUCUUUCUCUUUUUUCCUAUGUGUGCACGACACCUGAGUUUGCCGCACAACCCGAGCACCGCUGUCACUGAUACCUCCGUUUCGUUGCGCACUUUCCGUAGAGUAACUUCUACACCCUCAUCCACUGGGUUUCGUUAUUGGCUUGCCUCAUUUUUAUAGCGUGCUUAUUACUUGAACUUGUAAGUAUAUUGACUAGUGCACUUAUGGAAUGUAUGAUUUUGGAUUUUCAGGUUGAGAGCUGAAAAGGCAUUGGUGGUAUUAGAGUUUGUGUAGCAAGUGUUUGAAGUGGGUGAAGGAAUGGACUUGGUGGUACCACAUACAUAGUUUUGUUCAUAUUAACACUUCCUCUGAGAAAGAUAUAGCACUGGUUCUGCAUUCAAUUUGGUGAGAGUAUAUAAUAUGGCCUGCAAAUUUCAGUUAUUUGGUCUGUCUGAUGGGGCUAUUGACUUUAGAAAACCUAAUGGGACUUGGAAUAGGAAGCAUUUGGGCUUUAGCGUGUUUGUUUGUUCAAAAUAUGGAAGUUCUGGUUUGAAAGGUAGUCUGCAACAUUCUGAAAGAUUUUCUAAAUGUGCUUUAAAUGGGGUGGAGUCCUCAGCAAGGGUCAAUAAUUCCCUGAAUUUUGAAGAAUCAGAGAUACGUCAUCUCCAUAGGUUGAUUAGAAAUGGGGAAUUGGAGGAAAGUUCUAAGUUUCUUGAGUAUUUGACUAAUAAGGGUAAGAUCCCUGAUGUCAUUGCUUGUACUGCUUUAAUCCGUGGGUUUUGCGAGAUUGGCAGGCCUAAGAAUGCAACUCGAAUCAUGGGAAUUCUGGAGGAGUCUGGAGCUGUUAUUGAUGUAACCUGUUACAAUGUUUUAAUCAGUAGUUAUUGCAAAUUAGGGGACACAGAAGAAGCCUUGUGGAUUUUGGAUCGCAUGAGUGUUGCUCCAAAUGCUGCUACAUAUGAUGCAAUUUUGUGUAGUUUGUGUGAUAGAGGGAAAUUGAAGCAAGCCAUGCAAGUACUUGACAGACAGAUGCAAAACAAGUCUUACCCAGAUAUAGUUACGUGCACUGUAUUGAUUGAUGCAGCUUGUAAAGAAAGUGGAGUUGGUCAGGCAAUGAAACUGUUCAAUGAGAUGAGGAGGAAAGGAUGCAAACCUGAUGUGAUUACUUAUAAUGUUCUUAUAAAAGGGAUUUGUUAUGAAGGUAGGUUGGAUGAAGCAAUUAGAUUUUUAAACAAAUUGCCAUCCUAUGGUUGUCAGCCUGAUGUAAUUUCCCAUAAUAUUGUAUUGCGUAGCUUGUGUAGCAGUGGAAGAUGGAUGGAUGCUAUGAAACUAAUGGCUAACAUGCUUCGUAAAGGGUGUUUCCCCAGUGUUGUUACUUUCAAUAUCUUGAUCAAUUUCUUGUGCCAAAAGGGCUUACUAGAAAAAGCCCUUAAUGUCUUGGAGAUGAUGCCAAAGCAUGGUCAUACUCCUAAUUCCAGAAGUUACAAUCCGUUGAUUCAAAGGUUGUGUAAUGAAAAAGGUAUUAAUAGAGCAAUUGAGUACUUGGAAAUAAUGGUAUCCAGGGGUUGUUACCCAGAUAUAGUGACCUAUAAUAUUUUGCUAACUGCACUAUGCAAAAAUGGGAAGGCGGAUGAUGCAGUUGAGAUACUGAGGCAGCUAUGUUCCAAAGGGUGCUCUCCUUCUCUUGUUACAUACAAUACAGUAAUUGAUGGGCUUUUGAAGGUCGGAAAAACAGAGCGUGCCGUGGAACUCUUCGAAGAGAUGAACAGAAUAGGUCUUAAACCUGAUAUUAUUACUUACAAUAUAAUCAUUGACGGGCUUCUAAAGAUGGGGAAAGCCAAACUUGCUGUAGAGCUUUUGGAAGAGAUGUGCAGUAAGGGUCUUAAGCCCGAUCCAAUUACUUGCACUUCAGUAGUUGGAGGCCUAAGUCGGGAAGGAAAGGUUCACGAAGCUAUAAAUUUUUUCCAUUACAUGAAAAGGUUUGGAAUUAGACCAAAAGUAUUCAUUUACAACUCAAUUAUGAUGGCAUUAUGUAAAGCUCGGCAAACCAGUUGGGCCAUAGAUUUUCUGGCCGAUAUGGUGGCAAAAGGAUGUAAACCUACAGAGGCUACGUAUUCUAUUCUUGUAGAAGGCAUUAUUUAUGAAGGGUUGGCUGAGGAAGCUUCGGAGUUGUUGAAUGAAUUGCACGCCAGAGGACUUGUCCAGAAAAGUUUGGUUGAAAAAGUAAGAGUCGAUAUGUAGAAGAAAACAGGUUGGUUCAACUCGGCUACAUGGUUUGGUUGAUUCCCAUUCAGUUCUAUGAAGAACCAAAAUUUCAAUAAAACCAUUUGUGAAUAUUGCUUUAAAGCAGUGAGAUCCAAGAUACAACGCAGUUUUACAUUA